GAAUUCAAUACUAUAUAACAAUUAUUGAAACUGCGGUGAACGCGAUGUGAAGUGAAAAACUUAAAUUUGGAUAACUGACUGCAUACUGUACGAAUUUCAGAUCCAGCAAAGUAAUACCAUCUCAGUCGAAAAGAGGCGAGAAGAAUUCUGUAAUGGAAAGAUAUUUGGUUCUUGUGUUGUUGACUUUAUUCUUCAGCGAAUUGGCGACUCCUGCACUCGGCUGUGAAUCGAAAUCUGACUGUGAUGAUGGUCUUAGCACGACUACAAUUGUGCUUAUCGCUAUCUUCGUUCCAAUUGGUUCCGUAUUAAUUUUGCUGUACUACAUCUACAUUUGUUGCUACUACGAUGGAGAGUCAGGAGGCAGUGGUGGUGGCGGUGGAGGAUACUGGGGAGGUUACGGCGGCGGUGGGGGAGGGGGCGAUUGUGGGGGUGGAGGAGGGGGAGGGGAUGGAGGUGGAGGUGGAGGUGGAUGCUAAGGAACACCAUGGUCAUAUCCCGAUAUUUCACACAAACUACUGCAGUGCCAUGGGUCAAUAUACAUAAGACUGAAUGUAACUAUACUGUAUAUACUCAAAGCUCGAGAGACUUGGAUGUAUCUGGGAUAUUACAGUUAUAUCUCACAUCCUUGACAUAACCACAGAUGUGAGAGAACAGGCGAACAUAUAAACUAUGAAACAUAUAAACGUAUACUAAGCUCUAAGCUUUGAGUGGACUUUUCAAUACCGGUGGAUAGUUUUAUAUUAUAAUUUCAAUACAUCGACAUGCAUCAAGAAACAGACGAUGGAUAAUAAAUUGACAGCUAUAUUGGAGUCCAAUGAAAUUGUUCAUUUUAAUAUGUUGUAAGUGAAUUAAAUAUGUACGUGCCUCAAUUGUAUUACAGAGAGCCAUUCCGCAAAAAAUACAAAAGCUAUAUUCCCGAAUUUUACACAAUUUGAAGCCAUCGAAUUGAUAACUAUAUCAGAAUGAGAAAAAUGUUAAAUAUGUACUGCAUGUAAAAGAUCUUGUGUUAUUACCUCCGCCAGGAGGUUAUGUAAUCAUCUGGGUUUUUACCUCCGCCAGGAAGUUAUGUAAUCAUCUGGGUUUGUAUGUGUGUGUGUGUGUGUGUGUGUGU